AUGAUCAGGCAGACUGGCCACGGCGCAGGUUCGCCAUUGAGACACCAGCGCAAGUCAAGACUCAAGACCAUGACAAUAGAAUGGUCGGAGUGUCAAACACCCAACCACUCAACUCGCAUCAAAAACCACACCAAAGACCGCAUCAAAAACCACAUCAAAAACCACAUCAAAAACCACACCAGUCAGUCGACUGCCAAGGAGCAUCAGCUCAAAAACCAAACCACACCAUCCAAAGGCGAGAAUCAAUUUGCGGCUCCAAAAAACGCCACGAGACGACAAUGGCAAACACCACAAACGCCACAAAACCCACAAGAAAAAACAUCACAAUGGGUGCGUCAGGGGAGGCAAAGUGAAAGGUGUAACACGACGAGAAUGUGCCGACUGCAGCGGUCUCAGCCUCGUUCAUGGUCAUUUCCUCCACCAUCUCCGUCCCUUGUGAGCGUUCAAGAGUCGUCUUUUGCCCCAACGCUCGAACAAAACGCAACCCAAGGCGUCUGCCUCCUCGCGGGGUGCUUCGCCACGCAAUGCACAAGACCUCAGAGCUCGGGAAUGAGAGGAGACGCGCCCGACUGCAGCGAUGACGCUUCUUCUCUCAUUCUUAAGCUUUGA